AUGGAAGUGGAUGGAAAUCAAGUUGUGGAUACUUCCAAUGUGGAGUUUAGUGCCACAGAACACAAGUAUACAGAGAAGUUGGAAGAAGGCGGAGAUAAGAGGAAGAAUGUGAUGGUGGACAUUAAAGGGUUGGAAUUGCCUCUGGGCAAAAAGUUUGCAAUGUCCUGGAAAAUGGGUAUUAAAGAAUGUGGCCUGUACUCUGAACUUUUCUUCCCAGCUACUGAAUCACAGUGCUACCUAAUGGUUGAGACAAUCUAUGAGGUGAACCUUUUGCAGCUUGUCAGCCUAUCUUGA